AUCUUCAGGCUCCAUCUUCUUCCUUCAUGGAGUCUGCAUCUUUGAAUCAUCACUUUCAUCCUAUUCCUUAAAGAAAGUAUAAACCUUCAAGACUCUGAACGAAACAGAGACUCCUUAUUAAUAUCUUAAAAAAAAAGGUUUUAUUUUUUUAUCUCUGAGAUUCUGUAAUAGAUCAUUUGUGGUUAGUUAGAUUAUGCAUAGAUCUGGCACUGCAAUGGCGUGGAACGUGUUCAAGUUCUGUACAGCCUUACGUGGUGUCGGAUCAAUCAUGAUCCUCUUAGUUCUCGGCGUUGUCGGUGUCACCUACUACGCCGUCGUUUUGACUAACUACGGACCAGCUCUGUCUCAAGGAGGGUUUGAUUCCUUUACUGCUCUCACCAUCCUUCUCCUCUUCCACUUCCUCCUGGCGAUGCUUCUUUGGAGCUACUUCUCAGUUGUGUUUACUGAUCCUGGUUCUGUCCCUCCUAAUUGGAGACCAAGUACUGACGAAGAGAGAGGCGAAUCUGAUCCGUUGAACAGUCUAGAGUUUGAUAACUCAAACCCAAGAGUUAGGUUCUGUAGAAAGUGCAACCAACCUAAACCUCCACGUUGCCAUCACUGUUCUGUUUGUGGUAGGUGUGUGUUGAAGAUGGAUCACCAUUGUGUUUGGGUUGUUAACUGUGUAGGUGCAUUGAAUUAUAAGUACUUCCUUCUUUUCUUGUUCUACACAUUUUUAGAGACGACUCUUGUCACUUUGGUUCUUAUGCCGCACUUCAUAGCCUUCUUUAGUGAUGAAGAGAUACCUGGAACUCCGGGCACUCUUGCUACUACUUUUCUUGCAUUUGUUUUGAACUUGGCAUUUGCUUUGAGCGUGAUGGGUUUCUUAAUCAUGCACAUUUCUUUGGUAGCUGGCAAUACCACUACUAUAGAGGCAUAUGAGAAGAAAACGAGUGGAAAAUGGCGGUAUGACCUUGGUAGAAAGAAAAACUUUGAACAGGUAUUUGGAAUGGAUAAGAGGUACUGGUUCAUUCCAGGAUACUCAGAAGAAGACCUGAGGAGAAUGCCGGAGCUGCAGGGACUUGAAUACCCUUCCAAGCCUGACUUUGAUUCCCAGUAAUGCUGAUGAAGAAGAUGACUUUGAUCAUCAUCAUGUAAAACAACAAUACGUAGGAUACAGUGAGACCCUUGGAGGAGCAAUCUACUAGCUUGAAGGAUGAUGCUUUCACUUCUGGCAGUGUAGUAUCUUCCCACGGAUACCAGACGUCAUUAGGUUUUGUAAUGGAGGAGGAUUACAGCUUAGCUUUGUUGUUUACAUUUUUUUUUUAAUCUUCCUAAAUAUAUGAUCACCUUCUUAAGUAGCUUUUGUUGUGAACAGUUGGUUAAUUUUUAUUAAAAACAAAAAUCUAUUUUU